CGCCCCCAAAGUUCUGUUCGAUAAUUUGCGCUUCCACUUUUCGUACUUGGUACUAGACCUGUAUCAUGGCUUCUUCCAUUAAAUUCGCACGCUUCAAGAACGCUACUUUAGAGCUCUUCGAGGCGCCCAUCGAAUCCACAGAUUACAUCGCUUUCUCUCAUGUCUGGGGUAACUGGGCCUGGCGUUCGACUGAUGGUAUACCGUACGAGAUCAAAGCAUCGGAAGAGAAAGCUCAUUUCAUCGCAAAUGACCUACCGGCUUUGGUUGGAGACGGCGCCUUUUGGAUGGAUACGUUAACUGUCAAUCAGCGAAAUCCAGCUGAAGUCUCCGAAAUCGUGGACAAGAUCCCUACGAUCUUCAGAAUGGCUAAGAAAACUAUUGCAGUCAGAGAAUGUGACGGGCUGUACGACUGCUGCAUUGCUGCUGUCAACGGUUUCGAGAGUGUGACCGAGUUCGUCAAAAAGUUCCAUGCUCACGAUGAUGAGCACUUUGACUACAUCUGCGCAGAGUCUUAUCUACAAAGACUGUGGACGCUGCAAGAGUGCCUACUCUCCCAUACCAUAGAAUUUGUAGUUGGAACAAACAAUCAGCCAAAGACGCCGGCAGUGCGGGCUCAGACUACAGACGACGUCAGCGUAUACCGACAUCGGGCGGAACGAACGAUUCUCGCGGAUGCUCUCUGGGUCCUAGCUUAUUCGUUCUCCGGCUCUCAGGGCAUUCCAGCCAUGAAUGAUUUCUUCAAGGCGUACGUUCAUGGCGGCACCGUCAUCAACCCUCGUGGCGCACAGCGAACUCAGGAAGAAGACAUCCACACCGGUUCUUUUCUAAAGGUCAAUCGGGCAUCUCAUAGAUCCGCCACCAUGCCCCGUGACUACAUCUUCGCGACAAUGCCUUCAUUUCCGUGGUACACGUACCCGAGCAAAGAGGCUCUAACAAUGUCCUUUGGGGAUAUCUAUUUGGAUCUUUACCAGCAAGCUGCACGCUCAGGGCAUGCUUUUACGUGCAGGUUCACACGUUCAAUAAUCGACGCUACAUGUACAGAUCCCGUUAUUGGCUGGCUACCAAGUCAACAUCUUCCCAGUCCCACGACGCUUGGUGACUUCCUGAAACUUGUCGGACAACGCGUACCGGAAAAUUCGAACGCCUCUUCACAGCAUGUGCAUGUCACAUCGGUUGUGCACAUUGAGGAAUUUGAGUGCGACGAUUCCCCAGACUUCGUUAUUGCUUUGCUGGAGGCCUCUCUCAAAAACUUCCAAGAACAAUGGGAAGAGUCUCAUCGGGGCGGUGAGCUUUCCAAAUAUGGAAGCUAUCCAAGCGUCCACUGGACCCUUGACCACCUAGACGCUAUACGUUGUGGAUGGUUACCUACUGACCCAGAGCAUGCAAUUCGAGUGUCUGAGUACAACGAUCAAACUCUGAUUAGGAUCGGUCCUGGCCUAGAAUACGAGGAAGACGAUCUUGUACCAGGCCUUCGCAGUCUCGACGAGACUGAGCAAGAGGCACGUACUGAUGAGACCGACAAUGUUGCCUCAUUGUUUGUGCAAGCGAGGAAGAUAUUAGACAACAUGUGGUGCGCACACGAUCCGCACCACAUCGACGCUGCGCAGAAGGGUGAUUGGGCCAGUUUCAAGCGACAGAUGCAAGGUUUGUGGUCAAAGCCUUUACUACGAACUGUGUUUCUUCUUGCUGCCAUGGUCAAUUGUCGCGUUCCGUUAUCAGCCGCAGCAUGGGUCAACAAGCUCUUUGUCCCUGUGUACAUUCAUCACGGUAAAUUCCUUCUUUCAGCCGGGCUCCUAGCAAAACACGCACGUCAGCCGAAGCGCCAGAGGCAACAACCUGGUUCCCUGUUAUGUGUUGGUCAACAUCUCCCUUCUUCAGACCAGAAAGCUUUUGGUAAAAAUCUCUAUCUGGUAGAUGCCAAGUCCAAGGUUCCCGUUGGCUUGGUCCCGGAUCUUAUUCCGGACGACCGUACGGAUGAGAGAUUUGCGAAAGUUUCAUGCAUCAUGUAUAGUGGAUUUUGCAAGUACAUGGGGAACAACCAAGUGGCAUUUGCGGCUUACCCGCUCAGCAGUAUAGAGACCUCUGAAACGUGAUUUCUCAUUCCCCACUGUGUGGAAUAGCAACAGCCAGUGAUUAUGAGCUGUUAGCGACAUGCAUCCUUCCAGCAAGGUUACACGGCUCUACUGUUACAUUGGUUUCACACUAUGACAAUAUCAGUGAUAUCAAAGGUUAUGCAUCUACUCUCCUUGCAUCAAUGAGG